GUCUUACCCCUCUCUACACAGAGAGCAGAGAGCAAUACAACAUCUUUCUCUCCCCCCUUUAGUUAAUUUCCCCCUAGCAAUCACCUCCUGAGGACUACAGCGCUGACACAGUCUCUGAUCCCCGGUGAACGUCCCUCUCCUUGGCAAGAGAGCUCAGACACAAGCCGUCACCAUGUCAGAAGGUUCCGAGGGCGAAGAUGAUAUUCAGUUCCUCAGGACGGAAGAUGUGGUGGUCCUGCAGUGCAGCGCCACCUUCCGUAAGGAACAAAUAAAGAUGUGUAUGGGAGCCGAGGGUUUUGGGAACCGUCUUUGCUUCCUUGAAUCUACAUCCAACGCUCAGAAUGUUCCUCCAGACCUUGCAAUCUGCUGCUUUACACUGGAACAGUCCCUGUCCGUCAGGGCCUUACAGGAGAUGCUGGCUAACAACAUAGAGGCCGGGAGCGAGGUGUCCAAUUUGGAUAAAUGGUCGUCUCAAGGUGGGGGACAUCGGACAUUACUCUACGGCCAUGCAAUUCUGUUGAAACACUGUCACAGCGACAUGUAUCUCUGCUGUCUCACCACAUCAAGAUCACUCACUGAUAAGCUUGCGUUUGAUGUUGGUCUUCAAGAAGAUUCAACAGGAGAAGCUUGCUGGUGGACCAUACACCCAGCAUCCAAACAGCGUUCAGAAGGUGAGAAGGUGCGUGUAGGAGAUGAUCUGAUUCUUGUCAGCGUGUCCUCAGAGCGAUACCUGCAUCUCUCCACUGCCAGCGGAGACCUCCAAGUAGAUGCCUCUUUUAUGCAAACACUCUGGAAUAUGAACCCAAUCACCUCUGGUUGUGAGAUAUCUGAAGGAUAUCUGACCGGUGGACAUGUCCUCCGUCUCUACCAUGGUCAUAUGGAUGAAUGUCUGACCAUCUCCUCUACUGACCAAGGAGAAGAGCAGCGCAGAUUUCCUCAUUACGAGGGAGGGAGCGUAUGUUCACAAGCUCGCUCCUUAUGGCGCCUUGAGCCCCUGAGAAUAAGCUGGAGUGGGAGCCACAUGAGAUGGGGCCAGCCAUUCCGUGUGCGGCACGUGACCACUGGAAGGUAUCUGGCACUUGAGGAGGAAAAAGGGAUGAUAUUGAUGGAACCAGAGAGAGCAAACACUAAGGCUACUGCAUUUUGCUUUCGGCCUUCCAAGGAAAAGAUAGAUGUUUCUCCUAAAAGAGAUGUUGAAGGGAUGGGUCCUGCUGAGAUCAAGUAUGGAGAGUCCAUGUGUUUUGUGCAACAUGUCAAAACAAGCCUGUGGCUCACAUAUGCAGCAGCAGAUUCCAAGGUUGUGCGUUUGGGGCCCCCAAAGCGUAAGGCUAUUCUUCACCAAGAAGGUCAUAUGGAUGAUGCUCUAUCUCUGUCACGCUCCCAGAGAGAGGAAUCUCAGGCUGCUCGGAUGAUAUACAGCACAAUUGGGCUCUUCAGUCUCUUUAUCAAGGGCCUGGACAGCUUGAGUUCAAAGAACAAACCAGCAAAACCUGUGUCCCUCCCUAUUGACAUGGUCAUCCUUACCCUACAGGAUCUAAUUGGCUAUUUCCAGCACCCAGAAGAAGAGCUCCAACAUGAGGAAAAGCAGACCAAGCUACGUUCUCUCAAGAACCGCCAGAACCUCUUCCAGGAGGAGGGUGUCAUCGCCCUGGUCCUGGACUGUAUAGAUCGACUCAACAUCUACAGCACGGCUGCACAUUUUGCAGAAUUUGCUGGAGAAGAAGCUGCAGAAUCAUGGAAAGAAAUUGUAAACUUGCUCUAUGAGCUUCUUGCGGCUCUGAUUAGAGGGAACCGGUCCAACUGUGCCCUUUUCUCUAAUAACCUUGAUUGGGUUGUGAGUAAACUUGACAGACUGGAAGCUUCAUCAGGUAUUUUGGAGGUGUUAUACUGUGUGCUGAUCGAGAGCCCUGAAGUUCUAAAUAUUAUUAAGGAAAAUCAUAUAAAAUCAAUUAUUUCUCUGCUUGAUAAGCAUGGGAGAAACUAUAAGGUGCUAGAUGUUCUCUGCUCUCUGUGUGUAUGCAACGGGGUCGCUGUAAGAUCCAAUCAGAAUUUAAUCACUGAGAACCUGUUACCCCGUAGAGACCUUCUGCUGCAGACCAGAAAGGUUAAUUAUGUCACCAGCAUGAGACCUAAUAUCUUUCUUGGGACGUGUGAGGGGUCCACACAAUAUAAGAAGUGGUAUUUUGAACUAAUUGUGGACCACGUGGAAGCUUUUGUUACUCCUGAGGCCACUCAUCUACGAGUUGGAUGGGCAGUAACAGAAGGUUACAGCCCCUACCCUGGAGCAGGAGAAGGCUGGGGAGCCAAUGGGGUGGGAGAUGACUUGUAUUCAUUUGGGUUUGAUGGACUUCAUCUCUGGUCAGGUCGUGUUGGCAAAGCAGUGGCCUCCCAGAACCAACACCUGUUAGCUGCCGACGAUGUGGUUAGUUGCUGCCUGGAUCUAACUGUUCCCAGUAUUUCAUUCCGUAUAAAUGGUCAUCCAGUUCAAGGAAUGUUUGAGAACUUCAAUUUGGAUGGCCUAUUUUUUCCAGUCGUCAGCUUCUCUUCAGGUGUUAAGAUACGCUUCCUUUUGGGUGGUCGUCAUGGAGAUUUCAAAUUUCUCCCACCUCCUGGUUAUACCCCAUGCUAUGAAGCUUUGUUGCCACGAGAUCGGAUGCGUGUAGAACCUAUUAAAGAGUACAAACAUGAUUUUGAGGAUAUCCGAAAUUUGUUGGGACCCACUAAGUCUCUCUCCCACACAUCCUUUGUUCCUUGCCCAGUGGAUACCGUGCAGAUUGUCCCCCCUCCUCAUCUGGAGCGUAUUCGAGAGAAGUUAGCUGAGAACAUUCAUGAACUCUGGGCCCUUACCAGGAUAGAACAAGGAUGGACCUACGGACCUAUUCGUGAUGACAACCAGCGACUGCACCCAUGCCUCUUAGAUUUUCACAGCCUUCCUGAGCCAGAGAGAAAUUACAAUCUCCAAAUGUCUGGCGAGACUCUUAAGACCCUUCUUGCUCUUGGGUGCCAUGUUGGGAUGGCCGAUGAAAAAGCAGAAGAAAACCUGAAAAAAAUCAAGCUUCCUAAAACGUACAUGAUGUCCAAUGGCUACAAGCCAGCUCCGUUGGAUCUUUCCCAUGUCAAGCUGACACCGGCACAGAAUACAUUGGUAGACAAACUUGCUGAAAAUGGACAUAAUGUAUGGGCAAGGGACAGAGUACAGCAAGGCUGGACCUAUAGUAUUAUCCAGGAUAUCAAGAACAAAAGAAACCCUCGCCUUGUCCCUUACGUUUUGCUGGAUGAAAGGACCAAGAAAACCAACCGUGAUAGUUUGUGUGAGGCUGUCCGGACACUGAUAGGGUACGGAUUCAACAUUGAACCUCCGGACCAAGAGGGAACUGCAGCUCAGGGCGCAGCUAAGGCUCAGUCAGAGAGAGUGCGCAUCUUCCGUGCCGAGAAGUCUUAUGCUGUGAAAUCUGGGAAGUGGUAUUUCGAGUUUGAAGCUGUAACCACUGGAGAGAUGAGAGUUGGGUGGGCUAGACCUGACGUCAGGCCAGAUAGGGAGCUUGGCUCAGAUGACCUUGCCUACGUAUUUAAUGGCUGCAGAGGUCAACGUUGGCACAUUGGCAGUGAGCCUUUUGGUCGUAACUGGCUACCGGGAGAUGUAGUUGGAUGUAUGAUUGAUCUAACUGAGAUGAACAUCAUGUUUACUCUAAAUGGGGAGAUGCUAAUUAGUGACUCAGGAUCAGACCUUGCAUUUAAAGAUAUUGAAAUUGGAGAUGGGUUUAUUCCAGUCUGCAGUCUUGGAAUGUCUCAAGUUGGUCGGUUGAACCUGGGACAAGAUGUCGGCAGUCUGCGUUUUUUCACCAUCUGUGGCUUACAAGAGGGGUUUGAACCCUUUGCUAUUAAUAUGAAAAGAGAAAUCACUACUUGGUUUAGCAAGAGUUUACCACAGUUUGUCCCUGUGCCUCCUGACCAUGGCCAUAUUGAGGUUGGACGCAUUGAUGGAACAGUGGACAACCCACCAUGUCUUAAAGUAACACACAAAACAUUUGGUUCUCAGAACAGCAACAAUGACAUGCUCUUCUUCCGUCUUAGCAUGCCUGUUGAGUUCCAUGACACCUUUAAGCUUGUGGCAGGAUCCACUCCUCUGACCCGCACCUUUACCAUUCCUGAGGAGGACGUUCUAGAUGUUGAUAUGGACUCUGAGUUUGAAGUACUUAAAAAAUCAGCAAGUCGUAAAGAGACUGAAGCCACGAAUGAGAAGGAACCACCAAAGGAGCCAACCAAGGAGCAGCCUAAGUUAGAAAAUGAAAAGGAUAGUUCCUCAGAGAAGGGAAAAGGAAAAAGAGGGUUCCUCUUCAAAGGAAAGAAACCAGCAUUUAUAUCACCACCGCCUGUGAUUCCUGCAAUGCCCCGCUUAGUCAAGGAUGUUGUUCCAGAUGAUCGUGAUGAUCCAGAGAUUAUUAUGAACACCACAACUUAUUAUUACUCCGUCCGAAUAUUUGCUGGGCAGGAACCCACUGGUGUGUGGGUGGGAUGGGUGACGCCUGAUUAUCAUCUAUAUGAUAUGAACUUUGACCUGUGCAAAGUCCGCACAGCAACCAUUACAAUGGGGGAUGACAAAGGAAACAUAUUUAAUAGUAUUAAGCGUAGUAACUGCUACAUGGUUUGGGGUGGAGAAUUCAGCAGCAAUACCCAACAAGCUCGAGUCAGAAAAGAGGAUCUUGUCAUCGGCUGCUUGAUUGAUUUGGCAACUGGUCUCAUGACUUUCACAGCCAAUGGGAAAGAAGUCAAUACAUUUUUUCAGGUGGAACCAAACACAAAGCUGUUCCCAGCUAUUUUUGCUCUACCAUUGAACCAACACAUGUUCCAGUUUGAAUUGGGCAAAUUGAAGAAUAUUAUGCCCAUAUCUGCAGCAAUGUUCCGUAGUGAGAGAAAGAACCCAGUUCCUCAAUGCCCACCACGUCUGGAUGUCCAGCUGUUGACACCAGUGGUUUGGAGCCGGAUGCCAAAUGAAUUUCUGACAGUAGAAGCAGACCGCAUCAGCGAUCGUCAUGGUUGGAUGGUUGAAUGCACUGAACCCCUUAUGAUGAUGGCCCUUCAUAUUCCUGAGGAGAACAGGUGUAUUGAUAUUCUGGAGUUGUCUGAGCGGCUGGACCUGCUCAAAUUUCACUAUCACACUUUGAAGCUCUACUGCUCUGUGUGCGCUCUGGGAAACAAUCGUGUUGCCCAUGCACUCUGCAGUCACGUGGAUGAGUCCCAGCUCCUCUAUACUUUAGAGAGCAACCACCUCUCUGGGCUCCUCCGUAGUGGGUUCUAUGAUUUGCUUAUUAGUAUCCAUCUGGAAUCUGCCAAAAGAGCCCGACUAACAAUGAACAAUGAGUUUAUUGUUCCCAUGACGGACCAGACCAAGAGUAUAACUCUGUUCCCCAAUGAUAACAAAAAGCAUGGUCUUCCCGGUGUAGGGAUGAGCACAUGUCUCAAGCCUGAACUUCAUUUUUCCAAUACUUGCUUUGUCAGCACCAGUACCGAGCUAUAUCAGCUCAGCCCAUUUAUCCCAUUAGAUGUUUUGAAGACCAAAGCUAUCAACAUGUUGACAGAGGCAGUCCUGGAUGGAGGACAGCACACCAGAGAUCCUGUUGGAGGAAGUGUUGAGUUUCAAUUUGUUCCUGUUCUAAAACUCAUCUCCACACUCUUGAUCAUGGGUGUUUUUGAGGACGAUGAUGUUCGUCACAUUCUAAAGAUGAUAGAACCUAAUGUGUUUUCAGAAGAGGAGGAGAAGGAAGAAACAGAGGAGGAAGAGCAGGAGGAAACUGUGGAGGAGGAAGAGGAGGACGCUGAGGAAGAAGCUUUAGAAAAGGAAGAUGAAGAAGAGGAGGAAGGUCAUGAAAAAUCAGAUGAAGCAGAAGAUAAGGCAGUUGAGGCGGGAGAAGAGGAAGACAAGGAGGAAGGAGGAGGUCUGGAGGAAGGUUUGCUUCAGAUGAAACUGCCUGAGUCUGUAAAAUUACAGAUGUGUAACUUGCUACAGUUUUUCUGUGACCGUGAACUGCAGCACAGGGUUGAAGCCAUCAUUGCUUUCUCAGAGCGCCAUAUGGACAAUCUACAGACUAACCAGAGGCAACGUUACAGGGAGCUUAUGCAGGCAUUUACGAUGUCUGCUGCUGAGACUGCUCGCCGGACCAGGGAAUUCCGCUCUCCCCCGCAAGAACAGAUUAACAUGCUAAUGAACUUUAAGAACAUGCUAGAGGAAGAUUGCCCUGUGCCAGUGGAGAUCCGUGAUGAACUUGUUGAGUUCCACACAGACUUGCUUUCUCAUUGUGGGGUCCAUAUAGAGGGGGAAGAGGAAGAAGAACAGGAAGACACAAGUCUGCACCGGCGCCUAAUGAACUUAGUGGAGAAAGUGAGAAACUUGAGAGGGAAGAAGGAGGAACCAGAACCUGAGCCUGAGGAGGAACCUAAACCCAGUACUCUGCAGGAGCUUAUCUCUCAUACCAUGGUAUACUGGGCUCAGGAGUCAUUUAUCCAGAACCCAGAGCUGGUGAGAGUCAUGUUCAGUCUACUGCACCGUCAGUAUGAUGGGUUAGGUGAACUGAUCCGUUCCUUACCCAAAGCUUACACCAUCAAUGCUGUAUCUGUAGAGGACACAAUGAACCUUCUGGAGAGUCUUGGGCAAAUCAGAUCCCUCCUUAUUGUGCAGAUGGGACCUGAGGAAGAGAAUUUGAUGAUCCAAAGUAUUGGAAAUAUUAUGAACAACAAAGUCUUUUACCAGCACCCUAAUCUGAUGCGGGCUUUGGGAAUGCAUGAGACAGUUAUGGAGGUGAUGGUCAAUGUACUGGGAGGUGGAGAGUCCAAGGAGAUCCGAUUCCCUAAGAUGGUGACAAACUGCUGCAGAUUUUUGUGCUAUUUCUGCAGGAUCAGUAGGCAGAAUCAAAGAGCCAUGUUUGACCAUCUCAGCUAUCUGCUGCAGAACAGUGGCAUCGGUUUGGGUAUGAGAGGAUCAACCCCAUUAGAUGUGGCUGCUGCCUCAGUGAUUGAUAACAAUGAGCUUGCUCUGGCUCUCCAGGAGCAGGACUUGGAGAAGGUUGUCUCUUACCUGGCAGGCUGUGGGCUUCAGAGUUGUCCUAUGCUCCUUGCUAAAGGUUACCCUGAUAUUGGUUGGAAUCCAGUAGGAGGAGAACGUUAUCUGGACUUCCUGCGCUUUGCUGUCUUUGUGAAUGGUGAAAGCGUGGAGGAAAAUGCCAAUGUUGUGGUGCGUCUUUUAAUCCGGCGCCCAGAGUGCUUCGGUCCUGCACUGCGAGGAGAGGGAGGCAAUGGUUUACUUGCUGCCAUUGAGGAAGCCAUCAAGAUCUCUGAAGAUCCAGCCAGAGAUGGACCCACCGUCAAGAAGGACCGACGAAGGGAGCUAUAUGGAGGUGAAGAAGUUCAUGAAGAAAACCGUGUCCACCUUGGCAAUGCCAUCAUGUCCUUCUAUGCAGCUUUGAUCGAUCUCCUUGGGCGCUGUGCUCCAGAAAUGCAUCUAAUUCAAGCUGGUAAGGGAGAAGCUUUGAGGAUCCGUGCCAUCCUGCGAUCUUUAGUGCCCAUUGAGGAUCUAGUUGGAGUUAUCAGCCUUGCGCUGCAGAUUCCAGCCUUUGGAAAAGAUGGAAAUAUCAUUGAGCCAAAGAUGUCUGCCAGCUUUGUGCCAGAUCACAAAGCACCAAUGGUCCUGUUUCUUGAUCGUGUCUAUGGUAUAGAAAACCAGGAUUUCCUACUUCAGGUCCUUGAGGUUGGUUUCUUACCAGACAUGAGAGCAGCAGCCUCUUUAGAUACGGCUGCCUUUAGCACUACCGAGAUGGCCCUGGCAUUGAACCGUUAUCUGUGCCUUGCUGUUCUUCCCCUCAUCACCAAAUGUGCCCCUCUCUUUGCUGGAACCGAACAUCGUGCUAUAAUGAUUGACUCUAUGCUGCACACAAUUUACCGACUUUCUAGAGGGCGUUCACUCACCAAAGCUCAACGUGACGUCAUUGAGGAAUGUCUGAUGGGUUUGUGCAGGUAUCUCAGACCCAACAUGCUGCAGCAUUUAUUGCGACGUCUUGUCUUUGAUGUUCCUAUCCUUAAUGAAUACGCUAAGAUGCCUCUGAAGCUUCUCACCAACCAUUAUGAGCGCUGCUGGAAAUACUAUUGCCUUCCAACUGGCUGGGCCAAUUAUGGUGUAACUUCAGAAGAAGAACUUCACUUAACAAGGAAGCUUUUCUGGGGUAUUUUUGAAUCCCUUGCUCAUAAGAAAUUUGAUGCUGAGCUCUAUAAGAUCGCUAUGCCGUGUCUCUGUGCUAUUGCGGGUGCAAUUCCUCCUGACUAUGUUGAUGCCAGCUAUUCUUCCAAGACGGAGAAGAAGGCAUCAGUGGAUGCUGAAGGAAAUUUUGAUCCCAAACCAACAGAGACCCUAAAUGUCAUUAUCCCUGAGAAACUGGAUAGCUUCAUCAACAAAUACGCUGAGUAUACGCAUGACAAGUGGGCAUUCGAGAAGAUACAGAAUAACUGGUCGUAUGGGGAGCAGGUGGAUGACGAGGCCAAGACGCACCCUAUGUUGCGUCCCUAUAAAACCUUUUCUGAAAAGGACAAAGAGAUAUAUCGCUGGCCCAUAAAAGAGUCUCUCAAAGCUAUGAUUGCAUGGGAGUGGACAGUAGAGAAAGCACGAGAAGGAGAUGAUGAAAAAAUAGAAAAGAAAACCAAAACUCGCAAAAUCUCCCAAUCAGCACAGGCGACCUAUGAUCCCUCAGUCCAAACCUUUAGUCCCACCCCAAUAGACCUCAGUGGAAUUACUAUCUCCAGAGAGAUGCAGUCGAUGGCUGAGCAGCUGGCAGAGAAUUAUCACAAUACCUGGGGGAGAAAGAAGAAACUUGAACUUGAAGCAAAAGGAGGUGGAACCCACCCUUUGCUUGUGCCAUAUGACACACUGACGGCCAAAGAGAAAGCCCGUGACAGAGAGAAGGCCCAGGAACUCUUGAAAUUUUUGCAGAUAAAUGGUUAUGCUGUAACAAGGGGUUUGAAGGACAUGGAGCUGGACACAUCUUCCAUUGAGAAGCGUUUUGCAUAUGGGUUCCUUCAGAAGCUGCUGAAAUUAAUGGAUACUGCACAAGAAUUCAUAGCUCACCUUGAUGCUGUUGUAAGCAGUGGGCGGGUUGAGAAAUCACCGCAUGAAAGAGAGAUCAAAUUUUUUGCAAAGAUUCUCCUUCCUUUGAUCAAUCAGUACUUCACAAACCACUGCCUCUACUUCCUCUCUACCCCUGCCAAACUGCUUGGUAGUGGUGGUCAUGCAUCCAACAAGGAGAAGGAAAUGAUUGCUAGCCUUUUCUGUAAGAUGGCGGGUCUGGUACGUCACCGCGUGUCUCUUUUUGGUACGGAUGCCCCAGCUGUUGUAAACUGUCUUCAUAUCUUGGCUCGAUCACUGGAUGCAAGGACAGUGAUGAAAUCGGGUCCAGAGAUUGUCAAGGCUGGGUUGCGCUCUUUCUUUGAGGGAGCAUCAGAAGAUAUCGAGAAGAUGGUGGAGAAUCUAAAACUAGGGAAGGUGUCCCAAUCACGCACUCAAGUUAAGGGUGUAACUCAGAACAUCAACUAUACCACUGUGGCUCUUCUUCCUGUGUUAACUUCACUGUUUGAACACAUAGCCCAACAUCAGUUUGGAGAUGACGUCAUAUUGGAUGAUGUACAGGUCUCUUGCUACAGAACGUUGUGCAGCAUCUACUCUCUUGGGACAACCAAAAACCCAUAUGUGGAAAAGCAGCGACCAGCUCUAGGCGAGUGUCUGGCGAGACUAGCAGCUGCCAUGCCUGUAGCUUUUCUGGAACCAUCACUAAAUGAAUACAAUAUCUACUCCGUGUACACCACCAAAACACCUCGAGAGAGAGCCAUCUUGGGACUUCCCAACACAGUAGAGGAGAUGUGUCCAGACAUUCCUGAUCUUGAGACUUUGAUGAAGGACAUUGGAUUGCUGGCAGAGUCUGGAGCCCGGUAUACAGAGAUGCCUCAUGUCAUUGAGGUUACUCUUCCCAUGCUUUGCAACUAUUUACCACGCUGGUGGGAACGAGGUCCUGAGAACAUCCCAGAUGAUUCCUCUACCUGCUGCACAAGUGUGACCUCUGAACACCUAAAUGCCCUUCUGGGAAAUAUUCUACGUAUAGUUGUCAACAACCUGGGAAUAGAUGAGGCUUCUUGGAUGAAACGACUUGCAGUUUUUGCUCAGCCUAUAGUGAGCAAGGCAAAGCCUGAGCUUCUUCGCUCCCACUUCAUUCCUACCAUGGAGAAGCUGAAAAAGAGGGCGGGGAAAGUGGUGGCAGAAGAGGAGCUACUAAAGUUAGAGGCCAAGAGUGAGUCAGAAGAUUCAGAGAUGUUGAUCCGCGACGAGUUCUCUGUCUUGUGUAGGGACCUGUAUGCGUUAUAUCCGCUACUCAUCCGCUAUGUGGAUAACAACAGGGCCAACUGGCUUACGGUGCCCAACUGUGAUGCAGAAGAGCUAUUCCGCAUGGUGGGAGAGGUUUUCAUCUUCUGGUCCAAGUCCCAUAACUUUAAACGUGAGGAGCAGAAUUUUGUGGUUCAGAAUGAGAUCAACAAUAUGUCGUUUCUGACGGCAGAUAGCAAGAGUAAGAUGUCUAAGUCUGGAGAAGGCCAGUCUGGAGGCUCAGACCAAGAACGCACAAAGAAGAAACGUCGUGGAGAUAGAUAUUCUGUCCAGACAUCACUCAUUGUGGCCACUCUGAAGAAAAUGCUCCCUAUUGGCCUGAACAUGUGCUCACCUACAGACCAGGAACUAAUCACUUUAGCAAAGACCCGCUAUUCCCUUAAAGAUACAGAUGAAGAAGUCAGAGAAUUUUUGCAGAACAAUCUCCAUCUUCAAGGAAAGUGUGAUAACAACUCCAUGAGAUGGCAGAUGGCUCUUUACAACAAGAUGUCGGGAAAAGCUGAGGACUCUAACAACCCAGAAAAAAUUGUGAAGCGUGUUCAGGAAGUCUCGGCAGUCUUGUUUCACUUGGAGCUGACGGAGCACCCCUUCAAAUCCAAGAAAGCUGUUUGGCACAAGCUCCUUUCAAAGCAGCGCAGACGAGCUGUGGUGGCAUGUUUCCGUAUGACCCCAUUAUACAACAUCCCCAGGCACCGUGCAUGUAAUAUGUUCCUUGAGGGCUACAAGCAAUCCUGGAUCCUGAGCGAAGAACAUGACUUUGAGGACCGAAUGAUCGAUGACCUGUCUAAAGCUAUGGAGGCUGAAGAGGAGGAGGAAGAAGAGGAGGAGAAGAAGCCAGACCCUCUGCAUCAGCUUAUCCUUCAUUUCAGCAGGACAGCCUUGACGGAGAAAAGCAAGCUGGACGAAGACUAUCUGUAUAUGGCAUACGCUGAUAUUAUGGCCAAGAGCUGUCAUAUGGAAGAAGAUGAAGGCGGAGAACCUUCUGAAGAAGAAGAGUCUGAGCUUUCAUUUGAGGAAAAAGAGAUGGAGAAACAAAGGCUCCUCUAUCAACAAUCUCGUCUCCACAACCGUGGGGCAGCUGAGAUGGUUCUACAAAUGAUAAGUGCAUGUAAAGGAGAGCCUGGUGCCAUGGUUUCUUCUACACUCAAACUGGGAAUUUCAAUCCUCAAUGGGGGCAAUGCUGAGGUUCAGCAGAAAAUGUUAGAUUAUCUGAAGGAGAAGAGGGAAGUAGGAUUUUUCCAGAGUGUGCAGGCACUAAUGCAAACCUGCAGUGUACUUGACCUGAAUGCUUUUGAACGUCAGAACAAGGCAGAAGGACUUGGCAUGGUGACAGAAGAUGGGACGAUCAUCAACCGUGAACAGGGAGAAAAAGUGAUGGCAGACGAUCAGUUCACAGAUCUCUUCCGGUUCCUCCAAUUACUUUGUGAGGGCCACAACAAUGACUUCCAGAACUACCUCCGUACUCAAACCGGAAACACAACCACCAUCAACAUAAUCAUCUGCACUGUUGAUUAUCUCUUGCGUUUACAAGAAUCCAUUAGUGACUUUUUGUACUAUUCUGGAAAGGAUGUCAUUGAUGAUCAGGGGAAGAGGAAUUUCUCAAAAGCCAUGUCUGUGGCAAAGCAAGUGUUUAAGCUGACUGAGUAUAUCCAGGGUCCUUGCACUGGAAACCAACAGAGUCUGGCGCACAGCCGUCUUUGGGAUGCAGUAGUUGGCUUCCUUCAUGUUUUUGCUCACAUGAUGAUGAAACUUGCUCAGGACUCCAGUCAGAUUGGACUUUUGAAGGAGCUUCUGGACUAGAAAGAUAUGGUUGUAAUGCUUUUAUCUCUACUUGAAGGAAAUAUUGUCAAUGGAACCAUCGCUCGUCAGAUGGUGGACAUGUUGGUGGAGUCUUCCAGUAAUGUAGAAAUGAUUCUUAAAUUCUUCGAUAUGUUUUUGAAGCUGAAGGACAUAGUUGCAUCUGAUGCCUUUAGAGAUUAUGUCACAGACCCCAGAGGCCUUAUCUCCAAAAAGGAUUUCCAGAAGGCCAUGGACAGCCAGAAGCAGUAUACAACCUCUGAGAUCCAGUUUCUACUUUCUUGUUCAGAGGCAGAUGAGAAUGAAAUGAUUAACUUUGAGGAAUUUUCCAAUCGCUUCCAGGAACCAGCUAAGGAUAUUGGCUUCAACGUUGCCGUUUUAUUGACUAAUCUCUCUGAGCAUGUCCCUCAUGAUGCAAGAUUGAAGACCUUCCUGGAGCUGGCACGACUGUAUCAUCACAACUACUUUAAGCCAUACUUAGGUAAAAUAGAGAUCAUGGGAUCUGGCAAGAGGAUAGAACGUAUCUACUUUGAGAUCAGUGAGACUAACAAGGCACAGUGGGAGAUGCCACAGGUCAAGGAGUCAAAACGUCAGUUUAUCUUUGAUGUGGUCAAUGAGGGCGGAGAGUCUGAGAAAAUGGAACUCUUUGUAAACUUCUGCGAGGACACUAUAUUUGAGAUGCAGAUUGCUGCUCAAAUUUCAGAGAUAGAAGAGGAGAAGCCUGAUGAUGAUGAUGACGAUGGAACAGGUGAAGGUUCUGGUGAAGGGGAAGAAGCAGAGAAUGGGUCUGAACCACAAGAAGCAUCAUCAGCAUUUGGUGAAUUUAUGGAUAAUGUUGUUAAUUUCUUCAAGAUGUUCACCUACAAGAACAUUAGAAGACAGUAUCGUAAGGUCAAGAAAAUGACCUUUAAAGAAAUCGUGCUGGCUAUUGCCUUCUUGUGGACAAUGUUUCUUGGCAUCUUACAUUUUAUAUAUAGCAUCUGCAAGGGUCUCUUCUUCCUCCUCUGGCACACACUGUUUGGUGGUAGCUUGGUGGAAGGUGCCCAGAAACUUACUAUGACGGAGCUCCUGGCUAGUAUGCCUGAUCCCACUCAAGAUGAGGUCCAUGGUGAUGGACCACCUAUGGCUGUAAGUGAUGAAGUGAAUGAUAUGGAGGAUGUCACAGAUUUUGAAGACAUGGGUAAAGAAACAGAACGGGAGGAAAAUGCAGAGGUCUUUGGGCUGGAGCUAAAGAAAGACGGGGGACACUAUCGACUUAGUGCCCCAGAUGCACCAGGUGGCUUAGGAGACAUGGGUGACACUACUCCAGUGGAACCACCAACACCUGAAGGAUCACCCAUCUUGAAAAGAAAACUGAUAGAUGAAAAUGCCCCAGAAGAUCAAGCAGAAACUGGCACUGAGGAGGAACCGGAACCCGAACCAGAACCUGAAACAGAGAAAGCAGAUGAAGAGAAUGGAGAGAAAGGGGAGGAGGCAAAGACAGAGGCCGCUCCAGCUCCUGAAGAACCUGAGGAGCCAGAGGUUUUUUCACAACCAAGAGGAAGGCCCUCUUCCAAGAAAGAGGAAGAUAACGGAGGGUUUGAAAUCUGGAAUGAGCUUGAAAUCCAAAGAAUUAAAUUUUUGAAUUAUCUCUCCAGAAAUUUCUAUAACCUCAGGUUCCUGGCUCUGUUCUUGGCAUUUGCUCUUAACUUUAUCCUGUUGUUCUACAAGGUGUCUGAUGCUCCUAAAGGAGAGGAGACUUUGAGGGGCUCAGGGGUUGAGGAGGAAAUAUCCAUUCUGGAGGAUGUGGGAGGCGAGGAGGAUGAAGAAGAGGAGAGCAUGGUUUACUUCUUCCUAGAGGAAAGCACAGGCUACAUGCAACCAACCAUGUCUAUGUUAUCCAUCAUCCACACCCUCAUCUCAUUCCUCUGCAUCAUCGGUUACAACUGUCUGAAAGUUCCCUUGGUCAUUUUUAAACGUGAGAAGGAGUUGGCACGUAAACUGGAAUUUGAUGGGAUUUUCAUCACAGAGCAGCCAGAAGACGAUGACAUUAAAGGACAGUGGGAUCGUCUUGUCUUGAAUACCCCAUCCUUUCCAAGUAACUACUGGGACAAGUUUGUUAAACGAAAAGUGCUGGAUAAAUAUGGAGAUAUUUAUGGCCGUGAGAGGAUUGCUGAGCUUCUAGGAAUGGACCUUGCUAGUCUGGAAAUCAGUUCUCAGAAUGAGAAGAAGCCAGAGCCUGACAAGUCCCUCUUCACUUGGAUUACUUCAAUUGAUCUUAAGUAUCAGAUCUGGAAGUUUGGUGUUGUCUUCACAGAUAAUUCCUUCCUCUACUUGGUCUGGUACACUGUCAUGUCUAUUCUUGGUCACUACAACAACUUUUUCUUUGCUGCCCACUUGUUGGACAUUGCUAUGGGUGUGAAGACCCUUCGAACCAUUCUAUCAUCUGUCACACACAACGGCAAACAGUUAAUGAUGACCGUCGGUCUACUUGCAGUAGUUGUUUAUCUAUAUACGGUUGUUGCUUUCAACUUCUUCCGCAAAUUUUACAACAAAAGCGAGGAUGAGGAUGAUCCAGAUAUGAAAUGCGAUGACAUGAUGACGUGUUACCUCUUCCAUAUGUACGUUGGCGUACGUGCAGGAGGGGGCAUUGGUGACGAAAUUGAGGAUCCCGCGGGUGAUGAGUAUGAACUUUACAGAGUCGUCUUCGACAUCACCUUCUUUUUCUUCGUCAUCGUUAUCCUGCUUGCCAUCAUUCAGGGUCUUAUCAUUGAUGCCUUUGGAGAACUGAGAGACCAGCAGGAACAAGUGAAGGAGGAUAUGGAGACCAAAUGUUUCAUCUGUGGAAUCGGCAGUGAUUACUUUGAUACAACGCCGCACGGUUUUGAGAUGCACACACUGGAAGAGCACAAUCUUGCCAAUUACAUGUUCUUCCUUAUGUACUUGAUUAAUAAGGAUGAAACCGAGCACACGGGACAGGAGUCAUACGUGUGGAAGAUGUAUCAAGAACGUUGUUGGGAUUUCUUCCCAGCUGGAGACUGCUUCAGAAAGACUUAUGAGGAUCAGUUGGGAUAGAAAGAUUGACUUUCCUCCAGUUCAGUUUUCAGGACUGAGGCAGAUAUUUUUGAAAGAGGAUUGUCGCCUUCAAAUCUGGAGGAGCUCAUCGUUCAAUGACUUACUGUACACUGCUGCAGAGCGUUGCAUCUUUAUCAUCUAAAAAACCCUGCAGAUUGUGCAUCUACAUGAUGUAGUAGAUUCUUAAGACCAUCACAUCUUUAUAUUAUUGAAGAUCUCUGCAGACUAUUGCACCUAUUCAGGGCUGAAAAAUCUGCAGGGCAUUUAAUUUGUUUUACAAUGAGAGGGUCUUUUAAGAGCAUUGCACCUUUUCUCAACCUAUAGAUCUCUCUAAGCACUGCAUAUAAAUACGUAAGAGCUGCAAUUUAGAGCACUGCAGAGUAAGACUUUUGGCUAUCAGACUUAAAAAUCAACUGUUACGUUGCACUUCUGUGCAGAGUGUUGCUCUAUGACUUAUCACUGCCAUCAACGACUGAUAGACUCCAUAGGCGUUCACUGCCAAAAAGAAAGCAUAUAGUGCAAUACUCUGCAGUCUGUCUUACAUACAAGAUGGCUGCAGAGCUUUGCAUCUUUAACCCUUCCCUUGCUAUACUGCUUUACGCAAGUUUCUCAUGAGUUGGAGGGGUUAAAAUGCCUUAGCAAUAAAACAAUGAAUAACCUCUAAUACAUAAAAUAUAGUCUAUAAAUUAAUUUAUUUAUUAUAAGAAAUUAGUUUUAUGUGUCAAUCAAUUAUACAGGCAGUUCCCUUUUUUCCUGAAAUCAUGCAGAUUUUAUUUCAAUAUUAUCCAUUGGUGUGCAUUUAAUUUAUCUCAGGAAUUUAUUAAAAUUGUCCGUAAUGUCCAUAUAAUUAUAUUACAAUAUAAAAUGUGGCCAUAAAUCAAUUUACUAUUCAUGAUAAUAAACCACCAAUAGGAAGAAGGCAAUAUUUCAAGAUGUUUUCCAAUUUGUUGUUUCAAUCAUUUUAUUUAAUGUGAUAAAUUGCUGCAAAACAAAUAACAAACAAGAUAUGGAUAAUAUCUUUUUGAACCUUCCUAAAGGAGUCUGCAGACCAUUUGUGAAAUAAAGUAACUUAGGUUUCUUACUGACGCAUUUUACCCAAAAUGUGUGCAAAUUUUAGAUAUAAUCUUUAAUAAACGUGGGGUGGUAUUUUUAGCUGCAAGUUAUAUGUCUGUAUAGGGGAUUUGCUGGGUAACCAAACAUGGAUGUGCAAUAAGAUUUGUGAAAUUCAAAUUGAAUCUUAUACGCCAGCAAGAGACUGCGCACUUUUGUGGCUGUCCGCGCCUUGACCCUCCUACACCUCUGUGCUUUUGUAAAUGUAUUUUUUUUGUUUUAUAAACCUCAAAGUGCCUUUUAGCAACAUGACAUUUUGUCAGGUAGCAACAGUUGUUUUGGGAUUUGUCAGUCAAUUAGGGAGCCUUGUUCAGAGUAUCUCAUCUCAUUGCUAUACAGAGGUCUCUGCUGAACAUCUAUCCAAAUUUGUGCUGCAAUUUAUUUUUUGUUCUUUUCUUGUUUGUUGUAUGUAAUAAAAGUAUUUAUUGAUGUCAA